AUGGAUGAAAUAAAUUUAGCUUCCAAAGAACUAAACGCGCAGGAAAAGAUUGACAAAUCAAUGGAUAAUAUGAAUAAUACAGACAAUAUUCAUUAUAUAGAUAACGUUGAUCAGAAUAGUGAACGUGAAAAGUUAAAUACAAAUGACGAAAACGUGGAUGCACUCCAUUGUGUGGGAAACACAAAAGAAGAAAAAAAAGUUAAGAAAAAAAAAAUUGACAAGAAUUCAAAAAAAACUGAUAAAAAUGUAAAAAAAACUGACAAAAAGAAAAAAAAACUAAAAAAAGAAAAAAAAACAUUGACGAAAAAAAUUGACAAACAAAAAAAAGAGAGUUCCAAAUAUGAUUCUGAUGAAGAACUAUAUAAUAACGAUAAUUUUUUUAUGGAUAGUAGAUUACAAAAAAAUAAGAAAAGUGACAAAAAUAAAAAAGUAAAGGGCAAAAAAGGAGGUGUUGCAAUUAAUGAAAUAAAUAAAAAAAGCAAAAAAAAUAAGUCGAAAAAACAUGAUUGCUUAGUUAGAAAUAUGUUAUUGAACGAAUAUGAUGAAGGUUAUGAAAAACAACUACAAAUAUAUGCAACAUAUGGACUAAAAAAAUAUAUUAAUUUUUUAAAAAAUUAUCAAGACACGUUAAAGGAAGAUAUAAAAAAUAAUCCCCAAAAAAAGUCAAAACAUUUGUAUGUUUGA